GAGAAGUUUCGAUGUGAGGCAGCCACUCCUGCUGUGUGGAAUGCGAUCUGGUCGAAGGACAUGACAAAAUGUCCAAAGGAGUUCGCGUCGGCCAUUGAAACGUUGCAGAGUUGCUUGCCAGGUCAUCCGAGCUUGCAGUGGCCACCUCUUCGAUUUCUCGAGGACGCAGUGCCGCCGCUGGUUUCUCCCACCGCCCCUUCUGGAGCCGUCGCAUCGCCCAAUUCUGGGGCUCCGGUACCGCGUCCUGCAACAACAGUUGCAACACGACCGGCAGCCCCGCCGUAUGCGCCGCUGGCUGGGACACGAGGUGCUCGCGAUAUGGGAGUUGGUCGUUCCACGCCAGCCAACGAGCCCACGCCUCUGAGGGAUGGUGUGGCCUCUACGGCAUUUGACGAGGAGAGCACACGUGCAUUUAUUGAGAGUCGCAGGUGGGGGGGGAGUGUCGACAGUUCAGCGCCCUCGCUCGCCCCUGUUUUCAGGAGUGCUAGGCAGUCAGAUACCGCACGGGGUGGUACUGCGGUGGCACCUGGCGCAUCACCCCGCAAUUUGUCGGAGCACCCCUGGCUGCCACCACCACCGUCGAGAGCGGCGCAGCGUCCAAUGGUGGAUCAUGGGGUGCCUGUCGAGGAGGUCCCCGCUCCGGUGUCCGAUUCAUCGCGGACCCCUGUUCCGACAACCACGGGCGGAGGUCGGUCCAGCCCACAGCCUCCAUCCGUAUUGACCGGAACGUUAGACCCUUUGCAGCGCAUUCGUGACCUUGCAGUCGCCCAGAGCGCGACACCUGUGAGCCCUGGCGGGUUGUUGGAUGUUGGGGUCCUUGGCGGGAGAGCUACGACGGGACGAUGUAGGGGCACUUACAGGAAGCAAACCGUCACGUCAUAUUAUUCGGACCCUUUGAAGCGCGCAUGGCAUCUGCAAAUCAUGCGGUUCAUCAUCGAGAGCGGGAUGCCGUUCAACAGCACGAAGCUUGAAAGCUUCAAACGCAUGUUCACAAUGAUAAUCCCGUCGGGGGUUCCAGGGGCACCCGCGCCUAGACUUCCCUCGUACCACAUGCUGCGCACGACCCUUUUGGACGAGCUGGAUGGUGAGGUCCAGAAGUGUGUUCGGCCGGUGCUUGACACGUCGAGAGAGACCGGUUGCACAAUCAUGACCGAUGGUUGGACCAACAUCCGUGGUCAGACGUUGUGCAACUACCUUGUUGGUACAGAGAUCGGGGUGGUGUAUGUGUCCACCGACGUCAUGCGUGGCAAAAAGGACGUCAGUGCCCUCGCGAACGCAUGGUUGAAAAGGGUGAAGUCCAUGGACGUUCAAUUGAGCGACAUCACGGCGUUCGUGACGGACUCCGCCGGAGUGAACGUCACGGCGAUGGAGGUAUUCCAAAAAGAUAAGAGCGUGAAACACAUCUUCUGGAUUCCUUGCGUCGCCCACAUCAUGGAUCUCAUUCUCGAGGACAUCGGCGGGAUUGAUUGGGUGGCUUCCCGCAUUUCUCAAGCGAGGCUAGUUACAAGGUUCUUCAAGCGCCAUGGACAUGCGAGAGAGCUUCUUGAGGCGCACUCGGCGGAGACUCUUCUGCUACCGGCGGAGACGCGUUUCGGCACGAACGUCAUCAUGAUGGAGAGGCUGGUGGCACUGCGGGACGCGUUGACAGAUGUUGUGGCCGACGAUCGCUGGCGCGAGACUGUUUGGUCGACCAGCAAGAUCUGCAAGAAUGCAGCGGAGGUCACUGCAUGUAUCGGCUCCCCUCCAUGGUGGGAGGAUUUGAGAGCUCUGUGCAAGAUGCUAGAGCCCAUUAUGGGCAUGCUGAAGUUGGUGGACAGCGACACAUGCCAGAUCAGCAAGAUUCUGCGACGUUACGAAGAAAUGAUUGCAUCUUGUUUGUCCGCAUGUCGUGACAUUGAUCGGGAGCAGCAGGACGCUAUUGUGGAGGUGUUCCACAGGCGACGCACCAUGUUCAAGACCCCCGCCCACACGGCAGCCAUGCUGCUAGAUCCAGAGUUCCGGGACGCGACGAUUUGUGACGAUGCGGAGGUGCAGCAGGCCUUGGUCAAGGCCCUUGUCCAGUUCGUCUACCCGGAGGAUUCGCCGCAGCACCGGGAGGUCCAACGAGCGGUCGCCAAGCUCCACACGAGGGAGCCCCCUUUCGAUGAGCUCACCAUGCGGCGAGUUGCGGAUAUCUUUGAUCACCCUGCCAGUUUUUGGUCCUCAAAGAAGGCGAAGUUCCCUCACACGGCCGUGUUUGCAGGUAGGAUCCUUCGUAUAUGGGCGACCGCCUCACCGUGCGAGAGAGCGUGGUCUCGUUGGAGCUUCAUUCAUUCGAAGUCUCGCAACAGGUUGGAGGUUCCCCGGGCUGAGAAGCUUGUGCGGUGCCACUGGAACCUCAGGCUACUCGAUGGACCUUCGUUGUGCGACGAUGGUGUUGGAGAGAGGCCCGGCGUCUUCGGGAAAUGGGUGCAUUAUUGGCAGGCCAUGGAGGACGAGGCAGCUGUGGACCAGCAGCUCGUCAGAGGCACCGGUGUUCUGGCGAAGGUGACCGAGGAGGAGUUGAGCCUCGCCAGAGAGAGGAUGCGCGCCAUUUCCCGCAUGGGAGCCGAGCGUCGGGUGGCGGAGUCGGACAGGAGGCGACGCAGGGCUGGUGGUCGGGGACGUGGCGGUCGUGGACGAGCAGGUGUCGGAGGACGUAUACGUGGCGAUGCGGGUUACGCUCCUCGGACUCGGCGACAGCGGACGGAUGGUGGCAUUCGCAGGGCCCGCAUGCAUUGGGACGAGGGUGACUUCUUGUUCGACAGCACAUCCAACGACGACGACGAUUUCUUUGCGUCGGGAACACAUGCAUCCACGGGUGAUGAUAGAGGUGACGCUGAGGCGAUGACAGAGGCGACGGUGAUGACAGAGGUGAUGGCGCAGGGCCCGGGGGAGGGGGAGGGGGAGGUGGAGCGGUUGAGACACGGGGGUAGGCGGGAUGACAGUAUUGCGUCUCGUGUACGCAGACAUCGUGUCCACAUUGCGAUCGACACGGGGGCACGUGACAUGCGGCAGGACCCGGUUGCCGUGUCAGAGGACGAGAUGGGAGAUCCUUCCAACGAGACGCAGCGCGACCCGGUUCAUGCAGAGGAGCUAGCCUCGAACACUGAUGUGAUAGUGACGGAGGAGGAUACAGGGUUCAGGAUCACUCAUCUCCGGUCGCGAGCGCCGGUUGUUGGCAUAGAGGAGGAGACGGAGUUCGGAGGACCCGGUCCACUCCGCCAGGCGCAGACUCGGUGCACUCCAGCAGGCGCCCCAGUCCAGUCCACAGGAGCGGGUUUGGAGGACGGCAAGGCACGACGUGAGCCGCCUCCUCACACGAGUGACGGCGGUCUAGAGGAUGGAGAGGUUGCACCCACUCCCACUUGUGGAAAGGACGGGGAGGAUGAAUGUCCUCCGACGGACCACCACGUCGGCCUCGACUGCCCGCCCGACAAUCUUCCGCCCACCAUGGAUUCCGCCUUGGCAUCUCUGCCCGAUAUAUCGCUACUGAUAUCUCCCACUUUGCCGGUUGUGGCACCACCGGAGCCUGCUAGACGAGAUGACGCGCGUCGUGACAGAGGGUUCGAUAAGUUCGGCGGCGACACGAUACUGCAUCCUCCAGAGUCCGGCACUCCCGCCAUUUUUCAUGGGGGUCAUGGUUCGCAGGUGUUAUCGGACGGCGUGUCAUCAGUCCAUCCACCAGAGGAGGGCCCGCAGCAAGAGCCACAUCGAGGGYCAGCGGAGACUUUAGAGGCGAGGCCUCCCGGAGUUAUCCRCUCGGACGGAGGCGAGGGCGUGAGCGAGGAUAYAGCGCAGCCAGGGAGCGCAGAUGRUGGACGGUCCUUCAGGGGGGGCAUCGAGCGCAGAGGGUCAUCGACCGCACACCCCAGCAUUGUCAGGCCCAGCACACAUGACGUUGGAGAUGGGCACACAGAUAAGCCUCGACCGCAUUUGACGGGGAUGCGUGACAUUAUGUGUCCACCACCCUCACGCCCCUCUGCCGCUGAUCCUGCCGCCCACGGGCAGGCUGCACCGAGCGCAUUGCCUACGAGGUCUUUCUACGACGGUGCGGGCAUGGACCGGAGGGCGGGCGAUAUCGGACAGACAUCAGCAUAUGGACCGGCAGAUGUGCCCACGGGGGCGCGAUCGAUCGGCAAUGUCGAUGGCACUUGUCAUGAUUCCAUGAGAGCUUACGAGGAGCAGCAUGGGAGGCCUAUACGGGCCAAGACGAGCUAUGUCAACGACACCAGGACGGCAACUGCGAGGCUGUCACGGGCGAGGAAGAAGGGAACAGGUGUGUCGAUUCCGUAUCACUGGCGCUGCCUGCAUUCUUUUUUCCGCAACAGGGACGAGACCAGACAGAUGCCAGCUGCCGCAGAUGGACAGGGGGGGGGCGGAGGGAGGUGACAGAGUGGACGAAGCAGGUCGAGGUGAGAAGAGACGAGGCGGCACGAUCAUCCUCCAUGACAACAGCUCCACAGCCGC